AUGCGGAACAGCAUCUCUGCGUCGGCUGUGUGUGCUUUCAACCUCAGCGCCAUCACCCAGGCUUUCAACGGACCCUUCCGUUACCAGGAGAACCCUCGUACAAGCUGGCUCUCCACCCCCAACCCCAUCCCCAACUUCCAGUGUGAUACCCUGGAGGAGMGUGGUCCAGGGGAGAACCAGACGGAGCGCAGCCUGCAGGACGCCCAGCGUCUCUUCCUCAUGUCUGACGUGGUGCAGCCCGUCUCCACCGACCCCCUCCUGUACCAGGACAACAUCCGCUUCUCCAAGCUGGUGGUGGACAUCGUGCAGGGCCGAGACACCCUCUACCAUGUCAUGUACAUCGGCACUGAAUACGGCACCAUCCUGAAGGCCCUCUCCACGACCAAUAAGAGCAUGCGGGGGUGUUACCUGGAAGAGAUGAGGCUCCUCCCCGAGGGUGAAAGCGAGCCAAUCAAGAGCCUUGAAAUCCUCCACAGCGAUAGGUCGUUGUUUGUGGGGCUUAGCGACAGGGUGCUGAAGAUCCCACUGGAAAGAUGCUCCAGCUACAAAACUGAACGGCACUGCCUGGACGCCCGAGACCCCUACUGUGGCUGGGACCGUAAGCAGAAGCGCUGCACCACCAUCGAGGACAGCUCCAACAUGAGCCAGUGGAGCCAGAAUAUCACUGAGUGCCCGGUAAGGAACCUGACCCAGGACGGCGGCUCAGCCCCUGGGUGCACCAUGGCACCCUGUAACACGACGACGGGAGGACGGCCAGCACCAGUUGCCGCGUGUCGCCUCACGCGUCUUGUAACAGUGCAGUCGCUCAGUGUGGAGGCCAACUGGCAAGGGCUCCACACAUCCAGGUGGCCUAACAUGUUCCAGGGUGUGGGGAAGUGGAGAAGUGGGAGGCAGUGGGGAAGGGGGAAGUGGAGAAGUGGAGCAGUGGACAGUGGGGAAGUGGGGAAGUGGAGGAAGUGGAGCAGUGGGGAAGGGGGGAAGUGGAGAUGGAGCAGUGGAGCAGUGGGGAAGUGGAGCAGUGGGGAAGUGGGGAAGUGGAGAAGUGGGCAAGUGGCAGCAGUGGGGGAAAGUGGAGGCAGUGGGAAGUGGGAAGUGGAGAAGUGGGGAAUGGAGCAGUGGGGAAGUGGAGCAGUGGGGAAGUGGAGCAGUGGGGAAGUGGGGAAAGUGGAGCAGUGGGGAAGUGGCAGUGGGGAGUGGACGGGAAUGGGAAGUGGUGAAGUGGGGAGGGCAGUGGGGAAGUGGGAGAGCCGGGAGGAGAGUGAGGAGUGGGGAAGGAAGUGGGAUGAAGUGGGGGGAAGUGGAGAAGUGGAGCAGUGGGGAAGUGAGAAGUGGGAGCAGUGGGAAGUGGAGAAGUGGAGAAAGUGGAGCGGUGGGGAAUGGAAGCAGUGGGGGAAGUGA